UUCCUUUAAUGACACGUUAAUGCCACAUCUUUCUGGUUAAUUUAGUCUCUGUGGAUUCUCUCUCUGGAAGGACUGUAGCUAGUUAGCAGGCUAGGAAGGUUGAUGCCCAGACAAUAAACCAAAAUGACGGCUGCACCGUACAACUACUCCUAUAUCUUUAAAUAUAUCAUUAUUGGUGAUAUGGGGGUUGGAAAGUCUUGUUUGCUUCACCAGUUCACAGAAAAGAAAUUCAUGGCGGACUGCCCUCACACGAUUGGGGUGGAGUUCGGAACACGGAUAAUCGAGGUGAGCGGCCAGAAGGUCAAGCUCCAGAUUUGGGAUACAGCAGGGCAGGAGAGAUUCCGUGCAGUCACUCGCAGUUAUUACAGAGGAGCCGCCGGUGCACUUAUGGUGUAUGAUAUAACCAGACGAAGCACAUAUAACCACCUCAGCAGCUGGCUGACUGAUGCAAGGAAUCUCACUAACCCAAAUACAGUGAUCAUACUUAUUGGUAAUAAAGCAGACCUCGAAGCUCAGCGAGAUGUAACAUAUGAGGAGGCCAAGCAGUUUGCUGAAGAGAAUGGCCUGUUGUUCUUGGAGGCAAGUGCCAAAACAGGUGAGAAUGUGGAAGAUGCAUUUCUGGAGGCAGCAAAGAAGAUCUACCAGAACAUUCAGGAUGGCAGUCUGGACCUGAAUGCAGCUGAGUCAGGAGUCCAGCACAAGCCCACUGCUCCUCAAGGCGGCCGGCUGUCCAGUGACACACAGCCUCAGAAAGAGGGCUGCAGCUGUUAAUGACCAUGGAGAUUUCCUGCUCGGUCUCUGUCCAUCUCUCCUCUUGAACACACAUCACAGCCUCUUUUUCUCUCUCUCUUUUUUCAUUCUGAUUGGCCAUGAGGUUGGAGUUUGGGCUGGGCAGCUCUUAAUGAUGGUGGAAUAACAUAGUCAGCUUCUGUCAUAUUCACCUCUUUAGCCAUCCCUUGUUUUCACCAUCUUCACUCAUUUAGCUUGUUCAUAUCCCACACCCAGCAAGCACCCGUGAGAGGAAGAGUCCUCCAUUGAACACUAAAGUAGGUGGCUGAUAAACUAAAACAGCACUGAGUUUAUCAACAAAUGGUAUGAUGUGCAUAACUGUAAAUGAACCAUCUUGUGUACAGGAGCUGUUUAAAUAUUGGGGUCAUUUAAAUCACAUGAAUUCUCAUAUGUUUUACUCUUGUUUAGGUGGAAACAAUAUGUUUAGGCAGAAUUUGAUUUUAGAAUGUGCUCAAGAAGAGAUGCAUGGUAACCCACUGUUGUACAUUAUUAUACAGGAAAACCUGGAGUUUUAAUUAAGAUUAAUACAGAACCACAAGUAACCAGUCGUCACGUGAUUGUUUUUGUUUGUACCUACGCAAGACCUUUAAUAUACAAGAUAUGGAAUCAGAUGGAGGUUUCUUACUUUUGUUUGCUUAAGUAGGAUGUGAGAUGUUUUAAGACCUAGAAAAGUAAGAGUAAUAUAUUAAACACAUGCUUGAGUCCAUAAGAAGUUUGCACUUUGUAGUUUGUUUUCAGAGGCAUAGCUCUCAUUUUAUUGUCUUAAGUCUGUCAUUUUGGAAAACUACAGCCUUUCUGUGGCAUUUGUUGGUCCUUGAAUUGUUCAACUUUGGCAGUUUUUCACCAUUAUCAACAUUAUCCAAACCUAUCAAGGGGAUAUAUCUCUUAAAAGUUCAUAGUGAAGCAUUUAUCACCCUUUUAAUUUGACUAAACAUUCAGAGAAUAUCAGCAUAUACAUUCAGUUCAGGUUAUUUUUGCCUUUUGUUUGUUUUUAUGUUCUUUUUUUUCCUGUGAACCUGUUAAGUCUGUAAAAUAGAGUAGAACAUCAAGAAUCAGUCACUAAAUUAAAUGAGCACUAACUAAUGUCAGGCUUUUCACCUAUUUUAAUAGCAUUCCUUUACUGUCUGUACAUAACUUUGUUUUUACAGUGAAUAUAACUGGAUUUGUAAUGUAGCGAGCCAACUCUCGAGUCAGCAUUAGCCGAUUUGAUUUUACCUUAUCGGUAUAAAAAGGUGCAAAGAACUUUUUACAUCUUAAAUGCUAGAAAAGUGGUGGUCACUGUUUGGCUCAUUUCAUACGCAGUUUUCUGUCAAGUGCAAAACUCUGGGUGAUCACAUACUUUGUGCUUGUUAGAACCCAUCUCAUUUUCAAAGCAAACGUUUUUGUAAUUUGAUUACAGUUAUUGGUCAGUGGAGCUUUUUUUUUUUUUCAGAUAAGUGACAGCAGAGCAUUUGAAUGCCCAUUUAUUAAACUCAAAACAGCUGUAAUUACAUUGCCUGCUGUCUAAUCCUGUGAUAUAGGUUGUCUUUUCUCUGUUAGAAAGUGUAAAACUGCAUUAAACAAGUCACAAUUCUGUCCCUACAUGAGGUAAGAAAGGAAAUGACAUCGUUUCAACUCAUUAGUUUCAGUUCAACUGGCAGAAAUUUUAAAGAUAUGAAAACAAAAAGAAGCAUUCCAAAAAAUCUGAUUUGUAAGAGUGUAAUGGAAAAUGUAAAAAAAAGUUGUAUUUAACCCAUUUUCUUGCUUCUCUCCCAUGUCUUAUCAACUUAUAGUGUAUGUAACCUGCAUUGGAACUCUGAUAUGUCUUCUAUCAGUGAUGUUUGUAAUUAUGUUAAUAAAGACGAUGCUGUUGACUGUCUGAUCAUA